AUGUCGCACCCCUUCCUCAUAUCCAAAAUCGCCGACCCCAUCUUCGCCCUGGCUAUUGGCGCAUCUUCCGCCGUAAUUCGUAUCCAGCGUGACCAUCGUACGCAAGCAAUCCAGAACGGCGAGGAAGAUGCACAAAAGUUCGGGUUGAAGAAGGUUCUCGAAACGGGGUCGCGGCGGGCGAAGAUGUGGUGGAAUGGUGAUUUUCGGGGGUUAUGA